AUGGUUGGGAAUAGGUUAGAUAGCAUUCGGGACAAAGUCAGGAGAAGACCCCGAGACUGUUCCACUCUGCUGCAGGAAGGGUAUGACAGCAGUGGGAUCUACACCAUCUACCCCUUCUCCAAUGAUGUACAGGGCAGUGGCAGAAGUGUGGGCGUGUUUUGUGACAUGCAUACUGACGGUGGUGGAUGGACAGUUUUCCAGCGUCGUCAGGAUGGUUCUGAGGACUUCUACCGGGGCUGGGCUGAUUACAAGGCUGGGUUUGGCAAACUGGACGGAGAGUUCUGGCUAGGUAAUGACAAGCUGCACCAGCUGACCAGCCAAGCCCAGUAUGAGUUGCGGGUUGACCUGGAGGACUUUGAAGGGAACAGUGCGUAUACACAGUACCAGGUCUUUACUGUGGGGAGUGAAGCUGAACGCUACAUGCUGACUUUUGGAGGAUACAACGGGACAGCAGGAGACUCUAUGGCCCAUCAUAAUGGCCGUCCAUUCAGCACCAAGGACAGGGAUUAUGAUGACAAACCUUACUCCUGUGCUCAGACCUACAAGGGAGCCUGGUGGUAUGGUAGUUGCCACAGUUCCAACCUGAACGGCCUGUACCAUGGUUCCCAUACAGACGGAGAUGGAGUCAACUGGGUAACCUGGAAGGGCUAUUACUCCCUGAAGUACACUGAGAUGAAGAUACGUCCCAUAGCUAACUAAAGCAGGGACAUACAAAGUUUGAAUUUGCUUGUAACACUGUCUGUUGGUCGUUGAAAUGAAAGACGUUCAACUCUUUGAAGUUUGAGAAAUCCUAUCAAUUUUACCAUAGAGCAGAAACAAAUUAUGUACUGUAGGAAUGUACACCCAAGUAACUACCCACUCAGUACCUGAACACAGGCACUAAACACGAGUGAAUUGUCCUAGCAAUACAAGAUAGUAUACAUACAAAGAGUACAACCUGCUUGGUUUAAAUAUUCACAUAAUCUUGUUUCCCCAGCUGAUUCUAUACCAAUCACUUCUCUAUCAUAUAUACACUGCUAAUAGAAGGCAAUUAUGCUAACACUGACAAUCACUGAAGAAAAAUUCAUAACAUAAAACAUGACUGUUGUAUGCAGUGUUUUUCUCUCAAUCUGUAUUAACAAUCCUUACAAUGAAUUUACCAGCAGAUGGUGAUUUCUAUUAGACUCUCACAGACAUAAAAUUAUGAAGCCAUUCAGUGUGACAUCUAUAGUCAAAUCAUGAUAUAAUAAACUUCCUACUAUCAUGAAAAGACUCCAUAGUGACUAUUAAAUUCAAUGAUACUGUAUACAUGUAUAUCACAAACCAAAC